AUGGAGGAAACGAAAAACCCCAGCGAGGAUAUUCAAGAUGCCCACGCGGAGAAUCCAAUUGGGAAUGACACCCCUAAGCAGGCCACGAUGCGAUCCAAGUCGGAUGAUCUUUCGGUCUGGCAAACAGCUCGCCAGUUCAAGUUCAUGUCGCUGAUUGCCAUGGUUGCAUCUUUCAGUGCAUCACUGGACGGAUACCAAAUAAGCCUUAACGGCGGAGUUGUCUCCAACAAGGGCUUUAUCGCUCAAUUUGCGUCUCCGGGUACAAAGAUCAUUAACGGACAUUACGUUUCGGCGUGGGGUGGAAUUCAAUCUGCGGGUCAAACGGUUGGACAAAUCCUUUUGCAAUAUAUCACAGAGGCCUACGGUCGAAAAGUCGCGUUGUAUACAAUCUGGGUGGAUCUUGUCAUUAGCGUUUUUAUCGAAUCCUUUGCUACCAAAUGGCAGCACUGGCUUGUGGCCAAACUUUUCUCCGGGAUGGGUGUAGGAAUGCUGCAAUCCACUCUUCCCCUAUACUUGUCUGAAAUUGCACCCACUCAGCUGCGAGGAUUCUAUAUCAAUGCUUAUAGCUUGUGGUUUGUGCUUGGUCAAAUCUUCGCGUCAGUGGCACUUAACAGGCUCAAUGCCUCAGACCCUAUGGAUUUCCGAACACCAAUUUACUCCCAGUGGGCGAUGAUCGGUGUUAUCGCUAUCAUAUUUUUCCUUAUUCCAGAAUCCCCAUGGUGGCUGGUCAGCAAAGGAAAACUUGAUCGUGCAGCAAAGAUUUUGCAGACAUACAAUGGAAGCGUUGAAGGUUAUGAUGUUCAGGAACAAAUCAAUGUCAUGGAUGCCACUGUGGCGGAGGAACGCAGAGUUGCUGAAUCUAAUGCUGAAAUUGGCAAGUUAGCUGUUUUCAAAGGUCGCAAUCUCAUUCGUUUCAUCAUUGCAUCUUGGCCUAAGAUAGCGCAACAAUUUGUGGGCCUGGCAGUCUUCAACAGCUACGCUACCUACUUCUUCCAGGCAGCCGGUAGCGAUGACCCCUUUAUGGUGACAGUCAUCUUGUCUUGUGUUCAGCUUCUUUCUAUGCUUCUGACAGUGACACUUACCGAUCAAUUUGGACGUCGACCUCUUACUAUCUACCCGUAUGCAGUCACUGUAGUAUCUGUGUUAUGCCUUGGUAUCAUCGGAUGCUUCAACUAUGAAAAGCCUGCGACUAGCUCUCUACUGAUUUUCUUCGCCUGUUUGGCUACGUUUUCCACGACCGGAGCAUCGGCCAUCGGCUAUGCUUACGCCGCCGAAGUUCCCCAGCAACGUCUGCGAGCGCAAACUGCUGGUUGGGCUUUGGCAUUGUCUAAUGGUGUUGCCAUUAUGUUUAGCUUCUGUACACCACUGAUGAUAAAUAAUGGGACGACUUCGAGCUGGGGUGUUAAAACAGGAUUUUUCUUCGCCGGAACUGGAUCUGUGGCUGUUCUUAUUGCAUGGUUCAUCUUGCCAGAGGUGACGCGCCGCACACCUGCUGAAAUUGACGAGUUAUUCGAAAGCAAAGUGAACCUUCGAAAAUUCAAGGGAUACGUCACUCAAGUCCAAAUGCGUGCGGACGAAAUUCAUCAGAAGGAAAGGGAUGCGAUGGCUUGA